AUGGGUCAAAUUUUUGGCCGUCUCCGCCAUGAAAAACCUCCUACACCUACCGCACGGAACAGGGAUGAUGAUCAGAUUGAUGGCUUGAUUUGCCCGAUUUGUAAAGAGGGAUGGACGACCGGCGGCGAGCAUCAGAAACAGGAAAUUCUUUUAAGCCUGCAUGUUUGUUUUAUUUGGCUUUCCAGGGAUGUUUGGACGACCGGCGGCGAGCAUCAAGUGUGUUGCUUACCCUGCGGUCACAUAUAUGGCAAAUCUUGCAUCAAGACAUGGCUUCUUCAUCCAAAUAGCGGCGGUAAAUGUCCACAAUGCAACAGCAACUGCGUAAUCAAAGAUAUUCGGACACUUUAUUCGUCCCGAAUAAUUGCUGUUGAUCAUGAGAUGCAGAAGCAAAUCCGAUCCCUUGAGUCUAAAUAUGAUUCCUUAAAUCUCUUACAUCUCUUAGAUCAAUUUGAGUCUCUUAAAUCUGAGCGCGCUGUCUUAAGGGAGAAUAACCAAGAGUUGCGAGAGAAAGUCAGGUCUCUCGAAUCUCAAAACGCUUCCUUGAAGGACAAUGAUCAAGAGUUGCAAAACCAAGUCCGAUACUUUGAAUCUAAAUGCGCCUCCUUAGAGGACAAAGAUCAAGAGUAUCGAAAUCAGGUGCGUUCGCUCGAAUCCAAAUGCGCCGCCUUGAAGAAGCACGAGCAAGCGUAUCAAAGCGAAGUCGCAUAUCUAAAAUCGGAAUGCGGUUCCUUCAAGAGGAAUAACCAAGAGUUGCAACAUCAAGUCCAAAUUCUCGAAUCUAAAUGCUUAGACUUCAAGACGAAUGAUCAAGAGUUGCAAAAGCAAGUCCGGGUUCUCGGGUCUAAGUGCCCCGCCUUAGAGAGGAAGGUUGCGAGGUUGCGUUGGAAAGAGAUGAUAAGAGGAGGCUCUAUCAAAACCAGGAUGAUUGGGUGGUUAUCCACCUUGAAAGAUUGGGUCAAAGUGAAUUCCGAUUUUUCACUAAGAUGGAACGCUGGCAAUAAGGCUAGUGCCGAAGGACUAGUUAGGCUUGACGAAGCGCGCCAAUUGCAGGGUGAAUUUCUUAAGAUUUUUGGGAUUUCUUUGAUCAGUACCCUCUUUUUCCUUGGCUUCAUUUAUUGCAUUCAGAAGUUGAUAAUCCCCAAUGACCACUAA